AUGGGCGCGCUUCGCCGGAAGGCCUCUUCCUCGCUCGCCGGCCCGCUCGCCGCCCAGCGGCGUGAGCGCACCGGAGAACCCGGCGCCGCCGCCGCCGCUGCGGCCAAGAACUCGGCGGUCACCCUCGCCUCCGCCGUCGACGACUCUCAUCACGUCCCCGCUACGAGACAUGGCGACGUCGCCGGGCUGAUCGGGGUGGUGGUGCCGUUCGGGAGCAUGGAAUCCUACGACCGCCUGAGGCUCAUCGGCGAGGGCGCGUGCGGCGCCGUCUUCAGGGCGCGCCACGUCGCGACCGGCGAAACGGUCGUUGUCAAGAUCGCCCACAAGAACGGCGGCGGCGGCGGCGGCGGCGACGAGGCGCUGCUGCGGGAGGCCGAGAUGCUCGCGGCGUGCGUGGGGAACCCCGCCGUCGUGAGGCUCCGCGAGGUGGCGCGCCACCCGGAGACCAGCAAGCUCCACCUCGUCAUGGACUACGUCGGCCCCAGCCUCGCCGACCUCCUCACCCACCGCCUCGACGGCGCGCUGACGGAGGCGGAGGCGCGGGGCGUGAUGCGGCAGCUGCUCGCCGGCGUGGGGCAGAUGCAUGCGCGCGGGGUCAUCCACCGCGACAUCAAGCCGGGCAACGUCCUCGUCGGCGCCGCCGACGGCCGCGUCAGGAUCUGCGACCUGGGCCUCGGCGGGCCAGCGUCGGCGGCGCCGCCGCGGACGCAGCUGGUCGGCACGCUCUGGUACAUGUCGCCGGAGCAGUACCUCGGCGGCGGGGAGUACGGCCCGGCGGUGGACAUGUGGGCGCUGGGGUGCGUGAUGGCGGAGCUCCUCACCGGCGAGACGCUGUUCCCCGCGGACACGGAGUACCACCAGGUGGUCCUCGUCGCCGGCGUCCUCGGCGUGGCCGACGAGAAGAUGGAUGGCUUGCCCCUGGGCGUCACUACCAGGCCGAGUCAGCUGCGGCGCAAGGUGCCCGAGGAGAAGCUCUCGCCGGCGGGCUUCGAUCGUGCUCAACGGCUUGUUGCAGUACGCCGCCGGAGACAGGCUCGCCGCCGCCGCGGCCCUCGACAUGCCAUGGUUCUCCAAGAAGCUGAGCUAGCUAGCUAG